AUGCGAGGCCGCGCAGUGCUGCCCAACGGUGGAUCGGUGCAUCGGAUCGCACCACCAGGCACGCAGCCCCUGAUGGUAAAAGCCGACAAAGACGACAAAGACGACAAAGACGACAAAGACGACAAAGACGACAAAGACCAGGCGACGGUUCAAUGCUUGCCUCGAGUCGUGAAUCCGACCGGCCGGCAAGGCAAGCUGGUCGGUCCCGCCAGGCGCCAGCCACCCACGAGUUCCCGCUUGGCACCAGACGCUGUGCGACGCUGCGACGCUGCGACGCUGCGACGCUGCUACGCUGCUACGCCGCGUCCGCAGGCGUCCGCAGGCGUCCGCAGGCCUGGUCCGCAGGUGUCCGCUCCGCCGGUAGCAGCCCGGUGGCCAGGCCGGCCGAUCAUCGGCGCACUCGCAGCCGCGCAUGAGUAA